GAAAGAAAAAGGUCUACACCAUUCCAAAGAAGAACAAUAUUAAGCCAAAGGAAGUCAAGCUCGCCGUCCCCCAAGUACUUCAACAUCGACGAGAACAGCAAGAUCACCCGUCUACCAACAGGGAUACCAACAGCCAGCAUUCAGAGGGAAGCCUUCAUGACCCAGCACACUACGGAAGAUGUCCCAACAUCCUUGUCGUUGACACCUCUACUGCCGCUGCCACUUCAAGCGAGAAGGAA